CGCCGUCGUGCCAAGAUAGAGAUACAGAGCCGUCUGAGAUAGGACUGCGUUGCGACCGUCUGGUUACGGCAGUAAUGCCGCUGGCGCCACCGUCGCGUCGGCAAGCGGCUAACGCAUCGCUAUCGUCAUCGUCGUCGUCACCGUUACCCGCACACAGCCACCGUCGGCAGCGAGUGAGACGCGAUACGCUGGUCCCGUGACAAUAACGCUCGUGUAGAGGUGCCCACGCGCAAGAUGGAGGUAUUUGUGAACGACAGCAGCACGCCCGACGACGACGUCGGCUCGAUGUACGCGCACUACGGCAACGCGACAGACGACGCCGUCGCCGCGACAAACAGUAGCGACCCGAAGUACUUUGCGACAAACUAUCGCAUCAUCGGAACCGUGUUCGGCAUCAUCAUAUUUUUCGUCGGCGUCGUCGGCAACGUGAUGGUCGUCGUCGUCGUGCGCCGAACGAAGAGCAUGCAGUCGCCGACAAACUGCUACCUGGUGAGUCUCGCCAUCGCCGACUGCCUCGUGCUCUUCGCCGCCGUGCCGAACGAGGUCAUCGGCUAUUACCUGCUCGUCGGCGAAUGGAUCUGGGGCAAGAUUGGAUGCUCUCUGCUCGUGUUUCUGCAGUACCUCGGCAUCAACGUGUCGUCGCUGUCGAUCACUGCCUUCACGAUCGAGCGCUACAUCGCGAUCUGUCACCCGAUGAAGGCGCAGGUCGUCUGCACGAUGGAGCGCGCCAAGAAGAUCAUCAUCGGCCUGUGGGCGUUCGCAAUCCUCUACUGCGCCCCCUGGUUGCCGCUGACGAGAACAAUGCCGCUGCCGUACAAGGGCGUGUCGAAGGAGAGCUGCGAGUUCAAACUCAGUCGCGAGAUGUAUACGUGGAUUUACCUGGGGGACUUCGUGCUGUUCUACGUCAUCCCACUACUGCUCUCUUGCGUUCUCUAUGGGCUUAUAGGGAAGAUCCUCUUUACGAGCACGAUACCGAAAUCACUCGGAACGUGCAAAUCGAACGGGCACGCAGGCGAAUCCAAGAAGAACACGACGAGUUCACGAGUGCAAGUCGUCAAGAUGCUCGUCGUCGUCGUCGUUCUCUUCGCCAUCCUCUGGAUGCCCUACCGGUUCAUCCUCGUCUACAACUCAUUCCGCAGCCUCGCCAACAAGUCCCAGCUGCAGGACUACUGGUACUUCAUGUUUGCCAAGACACUGAUCUACAUUAACAGUGCCAUCAAUCCGAUCCUGUACAAUGCUAUGUCGGUCAAGUUUCGCCGGGCAUUCAAGCAUCUGCUGACCUGCGGUCGGGAGGAUGACCCACGGGGAUACUACUCACGCACGAUGUCUACCGUCGUAUGAAUGAUAGGCAGUCCACGCCGUCUCAAGUUCAUCGCAGUCUAGACGAAAGUUGGACCACACGACUGAUAUCUAUCGGAGUGUAAAUUAUAGAUGGACCACGACGACUGAUGUGAACACUACGUCUAAAUGACCAAUAGUCCACAUCAAUUCGUGUCCCUCGUAGGUCUAAAUGGUCUACAUCACUUGAAAUCUAUCGUAGUCUAAAUCACCGAUGCUACGCAUCAAUUGAUGGCCAUCGUACGUCUACAACGCAUCCUUUUAUGUAUAUAACCAAGUAUCACCAGUGUCUAAACACGGGACGCGUGCACAGUACACUUCAACCUGAAUGUCUGCUGUUCCAUCUUCAACGACUAACCUAUCCGGGAUACGGUGGUUUCGCUAUACACAUAAUUAUAAUCGAAUGGCGAAUCUCGCCGUCGCGAUGUAACGGAGUACACGCUGGGACGGUGGAUUACGAGCAACUGUUGCCUUACUGAUUAUUAGGAUUUAAUAACGACAAAUUGUCCCUCUGUAUUUAUAUAUAGGGACCCGAUUGUUCCGAUAUAUUUGUCAUUAUUAACUCCUGCUGAAUAUGUUACAUAGAGUGACUGCGCGCAGUUUCGCGUCGUUUGCGUACGCACCGGAUACCUGGUGUUCAAUACUGUUUCGCGCAAAAUGAGAACCGUUAGUGCGUUCGCUACAAUGGGCCUCCCCCUCCAUGAUUCUACGUCUCGAUCGCGAACAGUAGAUUUUCAGAUUAUUUGUGUAAGUUUCAUUGUCGUCUAUGUGUGAUGGUUUUCUUCUUCGAUCGAAACAUUUGAUUCAGUGAAUAAUCGAUAAUGUGAUAUCGAUAUGAAUUAACGCAAUGAUUGAUUUAAAUUGCUGAAGCCAUGUUUAAAUGAACUAACGAUUAUUUGUUAGAAUAUCAUAUAUAUCACUAAUGCCAUAGUUCAAGUAAUUACACAUAACAUUACGUUCAUACAUGACAUUACGUUCAAACGCUUCCAAAAACAUCAUAUAUGCACGUACACGUACACACAUUUACACCUACACUGA